AUGGCCAAUGGAGCAACAUACACAGAAGAUGCAAAUAACAACUGUGAGAAUCAGUCCCAACCACUAAAAAGAAAAUAUGAUCCAACGGAUUUCUGUGAAAUGACAAGAUUUGUUCUUGAACUUUUAAAAGAGGUUGAAACAAAAGAAGGAACCAAACAAAAAAUAAUGAAAUUGGCAUUGAGAGAGGAUGAAUAUAUAACGCAGAUCUGGAGGGCU